AUGUGCACCACCGACGUCUUUACAUACGUUUACCCCGACGGCCACAGGGAGACAGUGAGCAAGCCUUCGCUUUGCCCUGCUUCCCGCCAUGGUCAGCCAUGCUCCAAGAAUGUUCUGUUCCAACAUGGUUCAAAAUCUGUACCAUUUGGCCAUACAGUCACCGCGCCCGCCUUUGUAGGCCCGGCCACCUACCCGCCUCUAUACAACUUCCCGCCAACGCCGUCUUAUACGCCUCGCACUUCUACUCCUACAUACCGCUCUGGUGAUGAUUCAGACCGAUCAUAUCACAGCUCAUCCAGCAGCAGACGGAGGAGAGUCUACGUCGGCCCAAGAUUGGAACCCAGCUCUGGCCAUGGCGGACAAGGAGGCCGCACUGUACUUGUCCAUAACCCACCUACCCCAUCAACACCACCUCAAGCAUUUACAUUCCCUCGAACUGCCCCUUCGUCACCCAGCUUUCCACACAGCUCACCACUCGUCGUGGAUGCCUCUCCUCGCGGGGCUUCAUCACGACGACCCGUGAUUGUGGACGAGAGACCGCGCAAUGAUCGCGACGGUGCCCGAAUCCACAUUGAGUUCCUCGACGGCGGGCGAAAGAAGAAGCACAGCCGCCAGACUUCCUCCACCAGCUCAUACGAUAGCCGGUACUCGUAUGCCAGCGCCUCUGAAGAUGAUGAAUUGCGCCGCCGCCGCCGUGAGGUCGAGGCUCUGCGUGCUGAGAACGAACGCCUGGAACAUGAAGCAAAAAUCCGCGAGCGCCGGCUGCAUUCUCGCAUUGCCAAGGCCAACGCAGAAAUUGCAAGCCGCGAGGCCGUUCCUGUGCCUGCUACCUCGAAGCGGUCUUCAACCGCGGCCAAGGCAACGCGCAAUGUGGGAGAGCGAGAGCAAGAACUGCUUGACAGAAUCCAGAAUCUUGAGCUUAAGCAGCAGGCUCGAGAGGAGAGGGGACGGUCUGCUAAGCGGUCUGAGGAGGACGCUCAGAAAGAGAGACUAAUGCAGCGAAUGUUGCCGCGACGCCGGGCUACUGUUGGUCCCGGCAGCCGACGACCUCGUGUAGAAUACACUGACGGAGUAUAUCGAUGGGAGUGA